AUUUUCUCGAAGCAACUCGACCUUGCGCAAAAACUCCAAAACGUCGAAUAUCCCCGCCGCAUUCAAUACCCUCCUGCACCGUCAAGAUGGGGAAAGGCAAGGGAAAGAAGACCCGCAAGGGCGACUUGAAGAAAAAUAAAGAGCCAAAGAUUAAAGGGCUUCCCAGCACGAGACCUCCAAAUCCAACCAAGGUCGCAAACAAGCUGGCAGCAAAGCAGAAGAGAGAAGCUCGACUCGCAGAGCUCAAGGCAGCCAUUGCCAAGGAUCCGAGUCUGCUCAAGCCUUUCCCGACUCCUAUGCAGCGAACUGAGCCAUUUAUGAAGAAUCCAAAUGCUGCGAAAUGGCCGCAUUUGUUCAAGAGACAGCUGGGAUUGAUCGAGAUGCAUAUCGAUAGUAUUACGCGCAUUAUGUCUGCCAUGAAGAACGAUGGCGACACUAUGAGUGAGAAGGACAAGUUGGACUGGGAGCUUGGAGAGAGGGGUAAUUGGAGGGCAAUUUGCGGCAUGCUGGAUAAGGCGCGACUGGUGCUGUCGCAGACCAAAGAGGCGGCGCAGGGUGUUCUGCCUCCCGAUCGAUUGAGAGACAAGAAAAAGCUCGGUGUUGUGGGCACAACGUUCGUACCUCUAGUACCACAACUCGACGAGAAAGCUAGACAGCUAGGUUACAAUCCAAAAGGCAAGGGCUCACUCGGUAGAAGCAUGGAUUACCUGGACAAUGAUGGUGAUAGCGACAUGUCAGAUGCAUUGGAAUCGUCAGAAGAGUCAGGUUCUGAGGAUGAUGGUGAUGGCAAGAAAUCCAAGGAGGGCGAGAAGACUGAGAGUGUCCCAAGUGCCACAGAGCCAAAUCCAUUCUUUGUUGUCGACACCCAGCCUACACCAGUCAAUCUGACUGCUCUCAAUGGCACAGCGAAUACACCCAAAGAUGGUCUAUCGAAUAGACAACGAAAGAAAUUGGAAAAGGAAGCAAAGGCGGAGGAGAGAUUAGCUAAGAGAAUGGCUAAGAAAGCUGCAUACGAAGCGAAGAAGGCCGCUGCCGCUGCAGAAGGAUCCACGAACGCUGCUGAGGAACCCCCCAAGCCCGAACCUCAGAGCCCAGCGGUUGACUUCAGAGCACUUGAGGCCAAGCUUCAAGCAGAGAUUGAAGAUGGCACCAAAGCCCAACAAGAACACGAGGCUCAAGAAGCCGAGGCGGCAGAGAAGCGGGCUAAGAAGAAGCGAAGACGUAGCAGUGAGGGUGGCGAAGAGGUUGUAGAGAAGAAGGCCAAGAAAGACAAAAAGGAGAAGAAGGAAAAGAAGGACAAGAAGCGGAAGGCGGAUGAUGAAGAAGACGCUGACGAGGUAAUCAGUAAGAAGAAGAAAAGAAAGAAUAAGACCGACUCGGAUUCGGACUGAAGGAUUCGAACUGGGUAGCUUUCACUCCUUUGCUUUGUUUGCUGGAGUUACGAUACCAUGAGAUUUCAUUUAUGAGGAUUGGGCUGGGCUGGCGUGGCAUUGUAGGAGUACAAAAUGAACAUACUAUUUCAAACAUAUCUGUGUGUAGUGU